AACAAGCCUAACUAACCGCUGUGAUGAACUCAGCACUUCCUCCCUUCACCUGACGAAGGGCACCUGGCACACGUGCUUUCUGUAUCUCAACGCAAGACGGGUUUUGGAGCGGAUGAUGCCUGAAGAAGGCCAAGAGGUUCCUCCGGAGAGUCGGCAAGGUGGCUGUGCUACUGGCUUCUUACACUAACCGGAUGCCGGGAGGUUCGAGAAGUGCAGAAAAAACGAGCGACACGUCUGCCCCUGGAGCGUCCAUGUGACUAUCAUUUAACCGGGAGGGGCAUUACAGGUACGAAGCGAAGGGACUUGGAUCACCGGAUCUUGUACAAAAUCCAAAACGCACGCGACUUCGCAAUAGAAAACUGGGAACGCAGAGACACGCGCGCCGACCGCGGGGCCCGGGCAUUGCCCCGCCGCCCCCUCCGGUUACGCGGGGUGCUUGGGCUGGAGCAGGGAACGCCAAAGAGCCGGGCCCCGGGCGAAGGCGGCAGCUCGGCCGCGCUGUCUCCCAGCUGCUGGUCCCCGAGAGCCCCAGGCGUUAGUGGGACCGGCACUUGGCGAACUGGGAACCCGCGGCCAGCCCGCCCCCGGGGACCUCAGCUUUUUCAGGCUGUUCUGAGGCCGCAGGGACUAAGAUGGUGUCCCCUGAGGUUCCUUCCUGAGGAAUUCGCCCCGACAGCCCCUUGUCCCAGACAAGAACUAAGCAGGCGUGGCCAGAAGUUUCGAGUUCCAGGAGCCAAGGUACACCCAAGACCGCGCGGGAUCAGAUUAAUGCUUGAGAAGAGAACGCAGAAAGCGCGAGGAGGCGGGGCUGGCGCUGGGUCACCAUCUCGCGACGUCUUAGUGACGUCGCACAGCAAGCGCGUGUUCUACUCUUUCACCUUCAGUCAGCCUCCCCAGUAUGCGAGCCUACCCCUUUAAGCGAAUGACGGACAGUUAUUUCAGCCUAUCAACUUCCUGGUCAACAUCCAAUCAGAUUUAAACUUCUUUCAGCCGCCCGAGGAGUUGGAAGAACGGGUCGAGAAAGGGAGCGCUUUCUCUCUCGCGAGAACGCUGUAAGCGGGCCUCUCAAAAAACGCCAGAACAGAUGGCCCGACUUCCCAAAUAGUGAGUUAAAGGACGGAGUCCCAAACCAAUGAAAGGAAUGAGGAGGUGGGAUCACUGCUUUUACCGCGCUAGAAGUACCGUUACAGGGCAGACUUUUUGUCCAAUCAACGCCUUCAGAGUUUGGAUCAGGUGACCCUAGAGUGCGAGGGGCGGAGCCACGGCCUGGCGCGAGGAACCGUUAAGAUGGACAACAAAUAUAACCAAUGAAGUACUCAGACUAAAGCGUUGGGAACCCAAUAACAGUGGUUGGGCGGGCGCCUUUCCGGAGCGCGGGGAGAUGUAAAGACAGACAAAUCGUUUUCCCAAUGAGACUGUAGAAGAGAGGAGCUAAUUGACCAAUGAGGAGUGCGGGGCGGGAUCCUUUGCCGCGGCGGAGUCCAAGAUGGCGGCGUGCGGUUCCGCUGUGUGAAACGAGCGCGGGCCGGCGGGUUAAUCAUCUCCGCGGAGACGACCUCCGACGACCCGCAACAAUGAAGGGAAAAGAGCGCUCUCCAGUCAAGACCAAACGCUCCCGUGGAGGUGAGGACUCGACUUCCCGCGGGGAGCGGAGCAAGAAGUUAGGGGGCUCUGGUGGCAGCAAUGGGAGUAGCAGCGGAAAGACCGACAGCGGCGGCGGGUCGCGGCGCAGCCUUCAUCUGGACAAGUCCAGCAGCCGAGGUGGCAGCCGCGAGUAUGACACUGGCGGGGGCAGCUCCAGUAGCCGCUUGCAUAGUUACAGCUCCCCAAGCACCAAAAAUUCCUCGGGCGGGGGCGAGUCGCGCAGCAGCUCCCGGGGUGGAGGCGGGGAGUCACGUUCCUCUGGGGCCGCCUCCUCAGCUCCUGGCGGCGGGGACGGCGGGGAAUACAAGACAUUGAAGAUCAGCGAGUUGGGGUCCCAGCUGAGUGACGAAGCGGUGGAGGACGGACUGUUUCACGAGUUCAAACGCUUCGGUGAUGUAAGUGUCAAAAUCAGUCAUCUCUCGGGUUCUGGCAGCGGGGAUGAGCGAGUAGCUUUUGUGAACUUCCGGCGGCCAGAGGACGCGCGGGCGGCCAAGCAUGCCCGAGGCCGCCUAGUGCUCUAUGACCGGCCCCUGAAGAUAGAAGCUGUGUAUGUGAGCCGGCGCCGCAGCCGCUCGCCUUUAGACAAAGAUACUUAUCCUCCGUCAGCCAGCGUGGUCGGGGCCUCGGUAGGUGGACACCGGCAUCCCCCUGGAGGAGGUGGAGGCCAGAGAUCACUUUCCCCUGGUGGCGCAGCCUUGGGAUACAGAGACUACCGGUUGCAGCAGUUGGCUCUUGGCCGCCUGCCCCCACCACCCCCGCCACCAUUGCCCCGUGAGCUGGAGAGAGAGCGAGACUACCCAUUCUAUGAGAGAGUGCGCCCAGCAUACAGUCUUGAGCCAAGGGUGGGAGCUGGAGCAGGUGCUGCUCCUUUCCGAGAAGUAGAUGAGAUCUCUCCCGAGGAUGAUCAGCGAGCUAACCGGACGCUUUUCUUGGGCAACCUAGACAUCACUGUGACAGAGAGUGAUCUAAGAAGGGCUUUUGACCGCUUUGGAGUCAUCACUGAGGUAGACAUCAAGAGGCCUUCUCGGGGCCAGACCAGUACCUAUGGCUUUCUCAAAUUUGAGAACCUAGACAUGUCUCACCGGGCCAAACUGGCAAUGUCUGGCAAAAUUAUUAUUCGGAAUCCUAUCAAAAUUGGUUAUGGUAAAGCUACACCCACCACCCGCCUCUGGGUAGGUGGUCUGGGACCUUGGGUGCCUCUCGCUGCCCUGGCACGAGAGUUUGACCGAUUUGGCACCAUUCGCACUAUAGACUACCGCAAAGGUGAUAGUUGGGCAUAUAUCCAAUAUGAAAGCCUCGAUGCAGCUCAUGCUGCCUGGACCCAUAUGCGUGGCUUCCCACUUGGUGGCCCAGAUCGUCGCCUUAGAGUAGACUUUGCAGAUACAGAACAUCGUUACCAGCAGCAAUAUCUGCAGCCUCUGCCCUUAACUCAUUAUGAAUUGGUGACAGAUGCUUUUGGACAUCGAGCACCUGACCCUUUGAGGGGUGCUCGGGAUAGGACACCACCCUUACUAUACAGAGAUCGUGACAGAGAUCUUUAUCCUGACUCUGACUGGGUGCCACCCCCACCCCCAGUCCGUGAACGCAGCACUCGGACUGCAGCUACUGCUGUGCCUGCUUAUGAGCCACUGGAUAGCCUGGAUCGCAGGCGAGAUGGCUGGUCUUUGGACCGGGACAGAGGCGAGCGAGAUCUUCCCAGCAGCAGAGACCAGCCUAGGAAGCGAAGGCCGCCUGAGGAGAGUGGGGGCCGGCACCUGGAUAGGUCUCCUGAGAGUGAUCGUCCCCGAAAACGUCACUGUGCUCUUUCUCCCGACCGCAGCCCAGAAUUGAGCAGUAGCCGGGAUCGCUACAACAGUGACAAUGAUCGAUCUUCCCGUCUUCUUAUCUUGGAAAGGCCCUCUCCAGUCAGAGACAGACGAGGUAGUUUGGAGAAGAGCCAGGGUGACAAGCGAGACCGUAAAAACUCUGCAUCAGCUGAACGGGAUAGGAAGCACCGGACAGCGGCUCCCACUGAGGGAAAAAGCCCUCUGAAAAAAGAAGACCGGUCUGAUGGGAGUGCACCCAGCACCAGCACUGUUUCCUCAAAGCUAAAGUCCCCCUCCCAGAAACAGGAUGGUGGGACAGCCCCAACAGCUGCAGCCUCUCCCAAACUCUGUUUGGCCUGGCAGGGCAUGCUUCUGUUGAAGAACAGCAACUUUCCUUCCAACAUGCAUCUGUUGCAGGGUGACCUCCAAGUGGCUAGUAGUCUUCUUGUGGAGGGCGCAACGGGAGGCAAAGUAGCCCAGCUCAAGAUCACUCAGCGUCUUCGUUUGGACCAGCCCAAGUUGGAUGAAGUAACUCGACGCAUCAAAGUGGCAGGGCCCAAUGGUUAUGCCAUUCUUCUGGCUGUGCCUGGAAGUUCUGACAGCAGGUCCUCCUCUUCCUCAGCCACAUCAGACACUGCCACCUCUACUCAGAGGCCACUUAGGAACCUUGUGUCCUAUUUAAAGCAAAAGCAGGCCGCUGGGGUGAUAAGCCUCCCUGUGGGGGGCAACAAAGACAAGGAAAACACCGGGGUCCUACAUGCUUUCCCACCCUGUGAGUUCUCCCAGCAGUUCCUGGAUUCCCCUGCCAAGGCACUGGCCAAAUCUGAAGAAGAUUACCUGGUCAUGAUCAUUGUCCGUGCAAAACUGGUGAACUGCGGAUUGAAGAUAUGGAAUUCAAAGCUCUAAUGGACCUUUUUGAAGAGAAGUUGUGGCUUAUGUGGAGUUUACAUGGGCCUCUUGAUGGAAGAAAGCUAAUCUGUUUAGUAUUUGUGCAUUUUACUAAAAUGGCAGCUUAAAGUUGUGUAUCUGCUAUUGUGAUGCCAAUGCCGGUGUUUUAAGUGGAAAAAAAAAUGACCUCUUGCUUUGUGCUGUGUACACAAGAUUUCUGGAAAAGUAAAGAAAAACCCUUUUUAUGGCUCACACAGCUUAAAAGUAGCUGUCACUCAAACGUGCGCUCACAGUUGAGCUGCUUUUGUUUUAUUCUAAAUAAAUUGUUUCUUUUGAGGAAAAUGUUUUUCUGCCUGGAAGUGAAUUGACGGCAAACCUUUGACCCCUUUGUUUGCAGCCGAGGGGGUACUUACUGCUGCUCAGAUCUUGUAUGUCUUGAGCAAGAAGCAGGGAGACCAUCAUGUUGACUAUCACGGUGUGUCAAUUCUGAAGGAUCACUAGUGUUACUGUGACCCCCUUUGUUUGCAGCGAAGGGGAUCUUUGGCCUCUCAGUCCUCAACUUGAUGAGGAAAUGGUGCUGUUUGCUGGCACACAAGAAGCCGGGGCAAGCACCGUAAGCCUCAACACAGUGCACGAGUCGGGGGCUUUGCUGGUUUGAAGAGCCGGAGUUGCUGAAAUUUAAGUUUUGAUUUAUUUUGUUCACCCGUCACGUUUGGCCUUAGUUUCAUUUUUAAUUUGAAGAGAAGUUUGAAAUUGCUUUAUCUUGCACUUAACAUUUGCACCAAAUUGCCAAAAGAAGGAGAAAUGCUCCGUUUGCUUUUUAAAUGUUAAUGAUGAUGUUAAUAAAGCCUUUCCUGACACAUUUGAGGAGCUCCUCCGUCUCCAGGGGCUUCUUACCAGAGUUAUGCAGUGAUGGGUUUAGUUCUGAAUGGAUGAAGAGUUCCUGAGAGCUAGCGUGUGUAAUUAGAACCGUUACUGUGGUAUCUGUGCCUUAUUUGACCUGUGGUUCCACAUGCCUCGGAUGUGCAUGCACCGUGACGGUUUCGUAGGUACGAACGCACACUCAGGCCCGGUCACUUCGGUUGGUAGUACAGAGUGUGAGGAAAAAAUGGAGGCGUCCCUAAGGAGGAGAAAGUGUUUGCCUUUAGUUCCUGCGUUAUCCUGUACAGGGGCUCCUGAGCUUUGGAAGCUGUUCCCAGUACAGGAGAACAACUCCCCUGUUUGCAGCAGGAGACUUCGGUGCACAGUGACAACGCUGGAAUUCAAGAGGAAGCCAGCAGUGCUGCACCAUUGGCUUCAGACACCACUGUUGUUUGCCAGUUUUAAACUUACCUAGUUGCAGACGAAGACCACCUUGAAAUGCAGGCUUGUUGGGCUUGUUUUGAAUUUUAACCUCGGAUGGAAGAGCCCUAGUGCUGUCUGUCUCCAUGCGGGAUGAUGCUUACUUAGGCAACAGGUGAUUAUCAACAAAGGAUGGCACGGUUAUACUCUGCAAGGUGGUGUUCCAGUGGCAAACAGCUGUAUAAACUCUUGUAAACAGGUAAGAGGGUUUUUAGAGGUCAAAAAUGCAUUUGGUUAACAGGGUGAGGGCUUUUACUGGUGGGGAUAUUGUUUCUCUGAUUGGAAGUCUUGAGGCACUCUGCUGCUAUCACUAGCUUCCUCUCCUUACCAAAGUGUUGUGUUUGUAAAAUUCUGGGCCAGAACUUCUAUUGUACUUGGUGUUUAUAUGUAUGUAAUUUUUUUUAAUUUAUCGUGUGAGAAAGAUUUUGUAUCGUGGGAGCCAAAAGUGUUAAAAUCCUGGUCAUGGAUUUGGGACUUAACAGCCUGGUGUCCUGUAAAGUUUGGACAUUUUCCAUUAACCCUAGCUUCACCCUCUGUGGUGAUUUAAUGGUACUGGAAGAACUUAAUACUGUAAAAUGUUGCCAUUACAAACACUGAUUCUAAACCUCUGGGUUAGUAUAUAGCACCA